GCUAUAUGUCGCGCGCCCAAAAUCGCCGGUAGAAGAAGAAGAGCCAGGCGGAAGUGCACAUGUUUACUGGCUGCAGCAGCAGGCAGGGAAAUGGACAAGAAUGAGGACCUGGUCCAAACAAACGGCAGUAAAACACUUCUUAUCCGCCACUUACCAGCUGAACUCAACCAGGUUGAGAAAGAGGACCUCUUAAAGUAUUUUGGAGCUGAGGCUGUCAGAGUUUUCUCUAAAACAGGGCGCUUGAAACAUGCAGCCUUUGCAACCUUUAGAAGUGAUAAGUCAGCAGCAAAAGCUCUUCACAGGCUCCAUCAAUUAGAGAUUCUUGAUCAUACACUUGUUGCGGAGUUUGCGAAAGGCCAAGAUCAUGUGACAGUAUUAAAGGACCCCUUAGUGUCAGACAGUGGAAAACGUGUCAGGAAAGAGCAGAAGAAGCAGGAAACCAAGCUACCAAACAUUCCCCUCAUAGAGACCGGCAUUGCACCUAGCCUUGGGUUGAAAUUUCAAUUGAAUCCGACUUUGAAAUAUUUGUACCCACCACCUUCUAAUGGCAUUCUGACAAAUAUAACACAUGCUCUCAUCAGUGUGCCAAAGUUUUAUGUUCAAGUACUACAUCUAAUGAACAAGAUGAAUUUACCAUGUCCUUUUGGCCCAAUCACUGCCAGACCCCCCAUGUUUGAACUCCUGCAUCCUGCACCACCCUUCCCAAUGCCUCCUCCCUUCCCUCCUGAAUACCCCCCUUUACCAGAGGAGGAGAUGGAGAUGUCCAGUGGAGAAGAAUCGGAGUAUGAGAGUGGGGACGACGAAGACAAAGAGAGGAUUGUUCGUCUGAUGGGCCUGGUCAACCAAGCAUGCAAGAGACCCUUGAGACCAAAAACGUCUUCAAAGAGAAAGAAGCCCAAGAUCAAGGAUCUACUCUAUGCUCCCAAACCAGACUCUCAGAGUGCUCCAGUGCUGCAGCCCUCCGAUGUGUUUGAGCAGCCCCACCCUGCCGGACAGAAGAAAAUUGAAUUCCACAUUUCGGUUCCGGAGGUGAAAGCCAUGGAGGAAGAGAGUGGACCAGGCCAGCCUGAUGAAGGCAGAGAAGUGGAUGAGAGGGAGCUGGACCCCAGCAGCAGUCAGGAUGUGGCAGAGGCUGAGGGUUUUGGGAAGCUUUACCCCAGCGCCCAGGCGGCCCAACAGCAAGAGGAGCACAGUGACGGCGAGCAGGAUCUCCCCUCAGAUGUCAUCUCCAGAAAGGAGCUGGAGAAAGGACGGCUGUCAAGAGACGAGAUAAAAAGGAUGUCUGUGUUUAAAAAUUAUGAACCGGGUGAGCCAACCUGCAGACUGUACGUGAAGAAUAUUGCAAAGCAAGUGGAAGAGAAAGAUCUGAAGUACAUCUAUGGGAGAUACGUCGACCCUUUGUCAGAAGCCGAGAGAAACAUGUUUGACAUUGUGUUAAUGAAGGAGGGGCGGAUGAAAGGGCAGGCCUUCGUAGGACUCCCCAGUGAGCAGAGUGCAGAGAAAGCUCUGCGGGAAACCAACGGCUACGUUCUCUACGACAAACCCCUCGUCGUUCAAUUUGCCAGAUCUGCCAGACCAAAAGAAGACACCACAGUUACCAAGAGAGGACCAAAACAGCGAUGAGCUCAACAGAUGCCAAGGCUUGAUAUUGUGGCCCAGGAGAACCAUUUGUAUCCUUAUUCUGGCAUAUCCUUUGGAAAAAAAA